UAUCUAUCACUCUCUCUCUCUCAUAAAUAUGUUGAACCACAAGUGACCUGGUCGUUAUUCACUGUUUUGGCUUAACCCAUGUACACCCAAUAACAUUCAAGUGUUGGUGCAUGUUGAUGAUUAGGGGGGGAUAGGUUUUGAGAGUAUAGAAAGUAGGAGAUAGUAGACAGAUACACGGUGAUAACUGAGAAGGGUAGGGGUCCAUCCAUGCUUCCAUCUUUACCAGCAACUCACUCCCAGACAAAUAUGCCCCAGACUCUAAUCAUUAGCCCCACACCACAAUGCUCUCUCAUUAUUAUUUUUCAUUUUAAACCACAAGAUCAAAUCUUGGGUAAAACUAUUAUCUUUCUUUUCUUCACCGCAGGCACACACACAUGGCUUUGCCUUCGUAACAUGUCAUCUUCUCCCGAAUCACCAUUAUUAUAAUAAUUGCUCUUCCAACUGCUCGUGAUUCCAAAUACAUACUUACAUACCCUGCCAAACAUUUUAUUAUAUAUAUAUAUUUGCUACGUAUCUCGAUGCUUCAUUAGUCGUCCCAGUUGGAUCUAGUCCACCGAUUAUUCAUCUAGUCUUAGAAGAGUGUCUCAGAAAUGGCUAACCAGGAAAAGCAACACAAGCGAGGAUUCAUGUACAUCUACAAAGGUGGCAUAGGGAACCAGAAGAAGAAAGAGUUGGAGCAGGAUAAGAAAUCCAAUUCACGCAGUUGGUUGCACAAGAUUUCCAGAACCCGAGUUUUUAACGGCGGUAGCGGUAACAGAGACGUGGACAUUGGAGGUAGAGGUAGAGGGGAAGAAUUUGUGGAGGCCAGGAAAUCAACAUCUUGCUUAGAGUUAGGAUCACCUGCGGGGGGAUUUGUGGAGGGGAGAAAAUCAGUAUCUUUCAUAGAGACAGCUGCAUCACCCGCCGCAAGAGGAUUCACGGUUGAAGAGGGAAGAAAAUCAGUGUCCCACAUAGACAAACACUUUGCAGUGACGGAAAUGGUUGAGGCACGAAAGUCCGUGUCCCACAUCGAAACAUUCUCCUCUGUGGCUGCAUAUCUUCAAGUAAAGGUUUUGGUCUCAGACAUGCCGUCCUUCAUGCAACUGCACGCGUUUCGUUGUGCGAGAAGGACAUUCGAUAGCUUGGAGAAGUUCAGUGCAAAACACAUCGCUCAUAACGUAAAGAAGGAAUUUGACAAAGGGUAUGGUCCUGUCUGGCAUUGCAUUGUAGGCUCAAAUUUUGGUUCAUUCGUCACGCAUUCAACUGGCUGCUUUCUUUAUUUUUCAAUGGAAAAUUUAUAUAUUCUACUCUUCAAGACCAAAGUUAAGAAAGCUCUGGAUUAAGGUCCAAUUCAAUUAUAUCAGUUAUUAUUAUAUUGUUGCGAUGGAUCGAUCGUUACUUGUAAAGGCGUGUAUUCUUUUGUAUUGGACUUGACUUCUCCAAAAUGAAUAUGAAUGUAAGGAAAAAAAAAAU